AUGUCUGACAGAGAGCCCAGUGCCCGCGGUCCCAGGGACCUGGAUGGCCCCCUUCGCGAGCCGAGGCCCCAGCCUAUCGAGCGGGUGACGGAUCAGCUCGAGACCCCUUCGCUCGACGACAGAACCUACCGUGUCAUUCGCUUGUCCAACAAGCUUGAGGCCCUGCUGGUCCACGAUCCAGAGACAGACAAGGCCAGCGCCGCCCUUGACGUCAAUGUCGGAAACUUCAGCGACGAAGAGGAUAUGCCCGGCAUGGCCCAUGCCGUGGAACAUCUUCUGUUCAUGGGCACCAAGAAGUUCCCUGUAGAAAACGAAUACUCCCAGUACCUCGCCUCCAACUCUGGCAGCUCAAACGCAUACACGGGAGCAACCUCCACCAACUACUUUUUUGAUGUCUCUGCAAAGCCUGCCAACGACCAGGAGCCCUCGGCCUCGAACCCCUCCCCCUUCAAGGGUGCGCUCGACCGCUUCGCCCAGUUCUUUAUCGAGCCUCUCUUCCUCGAAUCGACCCUGGACCGAGAGUUGCGCGCCGUCGACUCCGAGAACAAGAAGAACCUGCAGAGCGACCAAUGGCGACUGCACCAGCUUGAGAAGAGCCUUUCCAACCCCAAGCACCCCUUCUGCCAUUUUUCGACCGGCAACUUCGAGGUUCUCAAGGCCCAGCCAGAGGCCAAGGGCGUCAAUGUUCGGGCCAAGUUUAUGGAGUUCCACGAGAAGCACUACUCAGCGAAUAGGAUGAAGUUGGUGGUUCUGGGACGGGAGCCUUUGGACGUUUUGGAGGACUGGGUCGCAGAGUUGUUUGCUGGGGUCCCCAACAAGAAUCUGGUGCCGAACCGCUGGGAGGCCGAGGUGCCCUUCCGCGAAAGCGAGCUCGGUGUACAGGUGUUCGCUAAGCCGGUGAUGGACUCGCGCGAACUGAACCUCUUUUUCCCGUUCCUCGACGAGGAGAAUAUGUUCGAGUCGCAGCCCAGCCGAUACGUCAGCCACCUGAUCGGCCACGAGGGACCUGGAAGUAUUAUGGCCUAUGUCAAGGAGAAGGGUUGGGCCAACGGUCUAAGUGCUGGCGCAUACCCAGUCUGUCCGGGCACCCCUGGUAUCUUUGACUGCCAGAUUCGCCUGACCGAGGAGGGCCUCAAGAACUACAAGGAGAUCGUCAAGAUCUUCUUCCAAUACGUCUCUCUUCUCCGGGAGUCGCCGCCCCAAGAAUGGAUCUUUGAUGAGCAGAAGGGCAUGGCCGAUGUAGACUUCAAGUUUAAACAAAAGACGCCAGCAAGCCGCUUCACCAGCAAGACUAGUGCCGUCAUGCAGAAGCCGCUCCCGCGCGAGUGGCUUCUCAGUGGAUACAGCCGGCUGCGAAAGUUCGACUCUCAACUGAUUGACAAGGGACUGGCUUGCUUGAGACCUGAUAACUUCCGUUUGACCAUCGUGUCGCAGAAGUUCCCUGGUGACUGGGAUCAGAAGGAGAAGUGGUACGGCACCGAGUACCGCCACGAGAAGAUUCCCGACGACUUCAUGGCGGAGAUCAAGAAGGCUGCCUCGAGUUCCGCCUCCGACCGGCUCGCAGAGCUUCACCUCCCCCACAAGAACAACUUCAUUCCCACCAAGCUUGAGGUCGAGAAGAAGGAGGUCAAGGAGCCGGCAGUGGCGCCGCGUGUCGUCCGAAACGACAGCAUCGCUCGGACGUGGUUCAAGAAAGAUGACACAUUCUGGGUGCCCAAGGCGAACCUCGUCAUCAGCUGCCGGAACCCCAACAUAUAUUCGACUGCUGAGAAUGCUGUCAAGGCUAGGCUGUUUACCGACCUCGUUAGGGAUGCGUUGGAGGCCUACUCGUAUGAUGCGGAGCUUGCCGGUCUGCAGUACAGUGUCACCCUUGACGCCCGCGGCUUGUUCCUAGACCUCAGUGGGUACAACGACAAGUUGGCGGUUCUCUUGGAGCAGGUUCUCAUCACUAUGCGCGACCUCAAGAUUAAGGAUGAGAGAUUCGACAUCAUCAGGGAGCGCCUGAACCGGGGAUACAACAACUGGGAGCUUCAGCAGCCCUUCCACCAGGUGUCAGACUACACAACUUGGCUCAACUCUGAGCGUGACUACGUUGUUGAGGAGUCUUUGGCUGAGCUGCCCAACAUCACUGCUGAGGACGUCCGCCAGUUCAAGAAGCAGAUGCUUUCACAAUUGCACAUUGAAAGCUAUGUGCACGGCAAUCUGUACAAAGAGGAUGCCCUCAAGUUGACUGACAUGAUUGAGACAAUCCUGAAGCCCCGUGAAUUGCCACGCCCUCAGUGGCCCGUCAUUCGAUCUCUUGUUCUCCCCGCUGGAUCAAACUACGUUUACAAGAAGACGCUGAAGGACCCAGCAAACGUCAACCACUGCAUCGAGGUGUGGCUGUACGUUGGGGAUAAGAGCGACCGCAUGACGCGGGCAAAGACAAUGCUCCUCGACCAGAUGACCCAUGAGCCGGCAUUCGACCAACUCCGAACCAAGGAGCAGUUGGGCUACGUUGUCUUUAGUGGAGUCCGAAGCUUCUCAACAACCUAUGGCUUCCGGUUCAUCAUUCAGAGUGAGCGAACGCCCGAAUACCUCGAGUCGAGAAUCGAAGCAUUCCUCAACCUGUUCGCCAACAACCUGGACUCCAUGUCCGAGACCGAUUUCGAGGGCCACAAGCGAAGUUUGAUUGUGAAGCGUCUGGAAAAGCUUAAGAACCUUGACCAGGAGAGCAGCCGCCACUGGGCCCAGAUCGCCAGUGAAUACUACGACUUUGAGCUGACCCACGAAGAUGCCGCCCAUGUCAAGUUGCUCACGAAGGCAGACAUGGUUGAGUUCUUCCAGCAGUAUAUCAAGCCAGGCUCUGCUACACGCGCAAAGCUUUCAGUCCACCUUCAUGCCCAGGCGGGUAAGUCGACGGAGACGGAAACCAAGGUGAAUGGGGUCAAGAAGGAAGAGGGCGAGGCGACGAGCACGCCGGAGCCAGUCCCCAUCAAAGACACGCCUUCUCCCAUCUGCUUUCGCUACACUUGGAUUUUCCCCGCCGCCAUCCCGGAGCUGCACAGGCAGCUCGCCUUCACCACGUCUUCCUCAAAGAAGAGAAAGCUCUCCCGCAACCAGUCCCGCGACGACCAAGUGCCUAGCACCAGCACUUCCUCCCCCGCCGACACCGUCCUCCCGUCGUGCGAGCCAAACGACGACCCGGCCUUCUCCUUCUCCGCUGCGUCAACCGACGGCCGGUCGACUCCCACCUACGCUCGCAGCGACUCUGUCCCGGCUUCUAGCUUGCCUGCGCGUCUGCAAACCGGCUCUCUUGUCUCCGCCGACUACGCAUCCAGCACCGCCUCGUCGCCCUGCGGUGUCGCCGAUCUCUCCAUCGACAGCGAUCGAGGGGAAAUCUCCGGCCCCGAGACUGGCACUGCGCUGACAUUCCACUCAGCCAGAAGCCGGUCUCCUUUCAACGUCUCCCGCCGAGCCAUCAUGACCAGUGAUGCCAACCCUCACCAACGUUCUUCCUCGCCCUUGAAACGACGUGCUUCCAGCAUGGACCCCGACCCCGACGUUGAGAUGAAGGAGGACGUCGAGAUGACCCCGGCCCAAACCACCGAGGACCCCGAGAGUGCCCCGUCUACCUCCAAAACACACCUGCCCCGCGCCAUGAGCGUCGAUUUGCCCGACAACGCUGCGAACGGUCACUCCGGUGCACCCAAAGACAAGGAUAUUCCUCCGCUGCCAGAGCAGAUCAAGACGAUUCAGACACUUCUCAAGGCUUUCAACGACGAGCCCCCCAAAGCAGGCACUGUUGCUUACAUUGUGUCGAGAUCAUGGGUGGAAAAGGCGCUAGCGCUAGGUGGAGACCCUAAAUUUGCAAAGAAAGAGGCGUCAGACGAGCCACUGGGACCUGUCGACAACUCGGGCGUGAUCCUCGAGGUUCUGAAGCAACCCAAUGGCGAUGACUUUGUGCGGAUGAAGCCUGGCGUCAGCUUGGAGGAAUGCGAACUCUUUCCCGAAGAUGCCUGGACGCUUGUGUCUGAGUGGUAUGGUGUGAGGGAAGGCCAAAAGCCCAUUGUUCGUCUUGCUAUCAACACGGCGACCGACGCUGCAAGCCCUGCCAACAUCAUGUUCGAGCUUCAUCCUCCCAUUUUCACGGUUCACAGGGUCGAAUCGCCUGCCAGUCCCUUCCAGAUUGAUGACGAGCUCAAGGCCAAGGGCCCGUUCGUCUUGGCCCGAAGCUCCACCAUGCCGUAUAAUGCGUUUUACAAGGAGUUGAAGCAGCUCAUGGGUAUUCCCCUUGACCGCAAGAUCCGCGUGUGGCAAGUCUUGCAGAAGCCGACCACGCCAGUUGUGCAGGACCUGUCGCCCCCGUCUACGUUGACGCCGCCCGAGUCACCCAACCCCGACAAGCAGGCCGAAACCUCGGCAGACCCCUGGCAAAAGCUGCUGAUUAGACCGACUGUCCUCACGGCUCUUGCUAGAGACACUGAGCGCGUUCAGGUUACGGCGGAUGAUAGAACAGGCGACGAAAACUAUAACGGCCGGUCUCCCGUGUCUUUCUACGGGCUAUCGCAGGACUGCAUCCUUGUCGUUGAUGAACAGUACAGUGCCAACUCCUGGGUGUCCGGGCUGGGUAAGAAAACCGCCAACGACAAGGUCAUUGCCUCACGAGGUAGCGCCUCGAGCUUGACUACACAAGGGAAAGGCACCAGUAGCCGAAACAGCCCUGCUCCGGGGCCCGUAACCAGAGGUCGGACCCAGCAGAAGAAGCCUGGCAGAGGUCUUGGCGCCGUUGGUCUCCAAAAUCUCGGUAACACGUGCUACAUGAACUCGGCUCUUCAGUGCGUCCGCAGCGUUGAGGAAUUGACAAAGUACUUCCUGACCGGCGAGUACGAGAAGGAAAUCAACAAGGCCAACGCGCUUGGCUACAAGGGACAGGUCGCAAUGGCAUACGGCAAUCUUCUCAAGGAGAUCUACGCGGAGUCAAGAGGCGCCGUAAGCCCGCGCGACUUCAAGAACACUGUCGGCCGCGCGCGCAGCACGUUCCAGGGCUGGGGUCAGCAGGACACUCAAGAGUUCCUCGGAUUUCUCCUCGACGCCCUGCAGGAAGACCUGAGCCGCAUCAAGAAGAAGCCGUACAUUGAGAAGCCUGACUCGACCGAUGAGAUGAUUGGCGAUGAGGCGGCCAUCCGAAAGAUGGCGGAAGAGGUAUGGGACAUCACGCGCAAGCGUGACGACUCAGUUGUCGCGGACCUCUUCACCGGACUGUACAAGUCGACGCUGAAGUGCCCCGUCUGCGACAAGAUCUCCAUCACCUUCGACCCCUUUAGCAAUCUGACCUUGCCGCUUCCCGUGGAGGACAUGUGGAGUAGAACUGUCAAAUUCCUGCCAUUGAACGAUGCGCCUGUACAGAUCGAGGUUGAGCUGUCAAAGCACAGCGCCAUUGAGGGGCUCAAGAAGGCCAUCUCGGAUAAGACUGGCGUGCCUGUGGAGCUGUUACUAGGGGCUGAAGAGUUUAAGGGCAAAUUCUUCAAGGUCUACGACGAUAGCAGCGACGUGUCGGAUGAGAUCCAGUCCAACGACAUCCCCACUUUCCACGAGCUUGAGGCAGCACCAACCAACUAUCCUCCCAAGCAAAAGAAGAUGGGUGCGCCUACUUCUAUGCUAGACAUAAGCGACGAGCCCUAUGUCGAUCCUCUCACCGAGCGAAUGGUCGUCACUGUCCUUCACCGCAAGCGCAAUAACAACAACACCUACCGCAUGAGGUCAGACGAUGUGGCCUCCCCUCCCCACUUCAUCGUUCUCACUCCCGAGGAAUCUCGUAACGAGGACGCCAUUCGCCGCAAGGUCUUGGAAAAGGUGGCGACAUUCUCUACUUGGUCUGAAUUCUCCGAGAGCGACGACAGCACUGAUGCCGACAUGGUCAUCACGUCCCAGUCCGACGCUGAUUCAUCGGGGGACAGUAAGAUUGUCUCCCACUCAGUAGAAGGAGAAGAUGACUUAGUUGAUGUCUCCAUGGUCGCAGGCGGGCAAAAGUCGAAUGGCCGAAAAGCUCUUAAGCAGUUUAACACCACUCGCCCCAAAUGGGUCAACAGCAGCGCCUACCUUCCGCCUCAGCUGCAGAACCUGUUUGAGCUCAGCUUUUUCAACGAGAAUGGUGACUCACCGCUGCCAACCGGUUGGAACUCAGUUGACGACAACAAGAACUUCCGCACUCUGGCUUCUAGGGCACCCGAGACCACACCCGAGGCCAACAGCCCUGGUUCUUCCCAAACCGCUGACAGUGAACAUGAGAGUGUGAGCGAGGAGCAAUCUCCACAGUCGGUCGAGGAGCAGACCCGUAUGGCAGACGAGUCGGAGGAGGAUGAGCCGGUCAGACUCCCUCCCAAGGCCGCUCGUGGUAGAGGCAACCAUAAGGUUGGUGGAGCCCGCCGCAAGUUCAACAAGGGCAACAAGACAUACGGCAAGAAGGGCAACAAGCGUCGCAAUAAGGAGCUGCGGAACAGCAAGGAGCAGUCCUACAACAUUGUCGACGUUGCGCCCCAGCCAUCGCCAUUGGACGAGGCUCCCGGUGGCCCCCUCAUCCGUCUUGGCGAGGGCAUCAUCGUCGACUGGACCGAAGAGUCUUGGGACAUGGUCUUUGGUAAGGAAGAUCGUGACGACGACACUCGCGGCCAGAGGACCUUUGUCGACCCUGAGAAACUUGAGGACCAAGCUCUCGAGCAGAAGCGUAAGACGCGCAUGGCUCGUAAGAAGCAAGGAAUUACUCUUGAGGAAUGCUUGGACGAGUUCGAGAAGGCCGAAGUGUUGUCUGAGCAGGACAUGUGGUACUGCCCACGCUGCAAAGAGCACCGACGUGCCAGCAAAAAGUUCGACCUUUGGAAAACGCCAGACAUCCUCAUUGUCCACCUGAAGAGAUUUAGCAGCUCAGGUUGGCGCCGCGACAAGCUCGACGUUCUGGUCGACUUCCCCAUCGAAGGCCUCGAUCUGCACAAGCGCGUCCUCUGCCAAGAGACGGGUAAGGAAGAGAUCUACGACCUCAUUGCCGUCGAUGACCAUUUCGGCGGUCUCGGUGGCGGUCACUAUACGGCGUACGGACGUAACUUUGUCGAUGGACAGUGGUACAACUAUAACGACACGUCGGUUAGCAAGACAUCACCUGAGAGCGUUAUCACCAAGGCAGCGUACCUGCUGUUCUACCGCCGUCGCUCAGACGGCCCCUUGGGCGGUCCCCGUUUCAAGGAAAUCUUCGACAAGUUCGACAAGGGCGGCGAAGAUGACGAAGAGGGAGACACCAGCUCGGGGGAAGAUCAACGUCUCGCCGGGGGCUCCUCCCUAACUGGAUCGUCGAGACUUGGGACCGGAGCCGAAGCAACUCUCCCGCGCGGAAAUCGUGGUUUGGCUAGUAGCACAAUGGCCACGGUGUCGCGCGAGACAGAGGAUGAGCUCCCGCCUUAUGAAGGCAGCUCGAGCACGAACGUUGGCAGUGAGAAUAUCCAGAACAGCAUCGAAGACGAAGGCAUCGGUAUGACUGACAACUUUGCUGGAUCGAACGGAUUUCAGGCAACACAGACAUGGAACUGGAACUCCCUGAGCUCCAAUGAUGGCCCGGCCAACUCUCUCGGAAUGGAAGGCUACGCCAGCGAUGACGCCCAGCCUGACUCUUCGGACGACAGGGACAACGAUACGGACAUGCAGUUUGACGAGACCCUUGGAGAAUACGGUGAUGCGACUCAUGAGGAAGCGCCACCGCCACCGGAUUUUAGCGCGCAAAUCGGACUCUCUGAGAUCCAAAAUGCGGCAUGGGAGCGUCAAAACAAGGACAAGGUCAUCUCGGUCCCCGCUGUCGAUAACGAUGUUGCUUCCACUGAGGCAGCGGAGAUCCAUCUUGAUGACGAGGCGGACCAGCGCCCUCGGUCCUAG